CACGAUUUCUACAUGCUGGAGCAUCGCACUGUCUUCGAAAAUACACUGGGACACUAAUAUUUUUUCCUCUCUUGUGAUAUUGCCCGGUAAAAACUGCGUCGUUCCCCUUGGCAUUGGCAAAAGCUCCAAAAUUUAUCGUGAUUAUUUUGGAAACAAGCUUCUGCAAAUUUGACGAUGACGUCGACACUUAGGGAAGUUUCUUACACGCGGUAUACACUAUUUAGAUCAAACGAAAUGCCGGCUGAGUGCAUUGCCAACCCAUUGCAACGAGAGCUUGCAGAUGCAAUAAUUCGUAUGCAAUCUUUAGAUGAAAUAAGGAUCCUCUUAGCUUGUGGUGCUAAACCCAAUGAUGUUGUCACUCAGGGCCUAAGACCUCUCCAUUAUGCAGUUUGGCAAAAAUAUGCGGAUGCAGCUCAAUUAUUAAUUGUACGAGGUGCUGACAUUGAUGCGACUGAUGAAUGCGGAUAUUCUGCUUUACAUUUGGCUGCUGAACAUGGAUCUCUUGACCUCGUUAAAUUAUUACUGAAACAUGGUGCCAAAGUAAAUCAUAGGGAGGAUACUGGAGAAUUAUAUCCCCGAACUACACUCUGUGAUGAACCACUCCGAUUAGCAUUGAAAAAUCGCCAUAUCGAUGUUGCAAAGAUUCUUCUGGAAGCUGGCGCUAAUCCAAACAAAAGGUAUUUCUUUGGCUCUGAAAUAAACUUGGUAUCUCCCUUGGAUUUGGAUUGUAUGGAACUCUUGCUAGCUUUUGGAGCACAUCCGAAUACACGUGAUCGUGGUGGACUUACACCAUUGAUGAAGGCUGCAAGAUUACCUCAGGGUAUGGCAUCUGUAUUAUUACUCUUGAGUUAUGGAGCAAAUGUAAAUGCAAUGACGGAUGCACGAAAUGAUUACAGAACAGUUUUACAUUAUGCCAUUCUUGGUGGUGACAAAGCCGUGAUUAAUUUAAUGUUAAAGCAGGGCGCUAAGUUGAAUCUUGGCCCUGACUAUCAAAAACCUACGGCCUUGGACUUGGCAAUUCUCAAAGGUGACCCCUCGAUAGUUGAAAUGUUGCUUGAAGCAGGUGCAAAUGUGAAUGCAUCUUCACCGAUAAUUGGUACUCCAUUGCACGUUGCGUGUGCUGACAACAUUCCCAACAGACUAGAAAUCCUCUGUAUGCUUUUGGAACGUGGAGCUGAUCCAAAUCUUGUUAUUAAAAGUGAUGAAGGUCUAUCAUUGCGUCCAGUUCUUGCUGAAUAUGUAGCAUCCAAUGAAAAUCCAUCAGUGGAGGUUGUUGCUUUACUUCUCAAGUAUGGUGCACGUGUUGUCAUCAAAACACAAUUUCGAGAUCCACAUGGAAUUUUAAAUUCCCUACAAAACACUGCUGAUAAACCUAAGCUAUUGAAAGCUCUACUUGAAGCUGCUGAGAGUUUUGAUCCUUGUAUGAUUCGAAGAUCUAGUAGUCUUACAGAUGCUCAAAGAGCUUUAGUCAUGGAAGCUGCUCGAACUCCUUUACCUCUUACUCACCAGGCUCGACUCAUCGUUCGUAGAAUGUGUGGAAAUAAAUUAAUUAAAAUUGUGCGUAGAUUACAGCUGCCUCAAUCACUACAUCGCUACCUUUUGUAUGACUUUUAUUAACAGCUACCUGCAAAAAUGAUCUCAAUAUUUUUUACUGCUAUUAAUAAGUAUUUGAGAUUAAUCCUGAUAACAUUAAAUAUCAACGAAAAAUUUCAAAAUGUGAUACAAUACAAUACUACUUCAUAUUUGAAUAUAAACAAUUUUGUUGUUUUAUUGUUAUUCAGUAGAGAUUAAUAUUUUUACAGUAAUAUUUGAAAUGUUUUUGUCGGUAAACUCACAACAAUUGCUUCCGAACAAAAACUAAAGUAUUAUAUUAAUAAAUAAUGUAAAAUAAAUUAAAUUAACAUUCAAUUAACAAUAAUAACUGACUGACUGAAUUCAGAGAUAUUAAAGAAAUUAGACAAAUUGGAAAGAUAAAAUGAUCUCAAAUAGAUCAUGUUCAAUUUAAUUUUGUACCUUUGUAUGUGAACAAUGUUCGAUUGAAAUAAAUAAAAAAUAUCCCAAAUAUUAUUAUUCCA